GACUCAAAUAUUCUCUUUUUCUCCACUCGUCUCGCCUUUUAUUAGAUUCCUUUCGCUUUAAUUUUUGAUCAAUCAUGUCGGUCACUGCUACUCUUCCUCCUGUUGUCGCACCUGAACAAAAGAAAUCCAAGUUCUGGCUGAAGCGCACUACUACUAAUACUCCUCAAUCAAUUGACACAGAAACACCAAAAAAAGGUGGACCCAAGAUGCCAACUCUUUUUGUACCUCCCAUUUUGAACCAUGGCCGUCGCAAUAAGACGGCCGCCCAAUUGUACAAGCUAUCUACCAUCAAUGAUUCUGGUAUUUACAUGCCUCCGUCACCAACUGAAGAAAAAGGUGACCAGUGGGUCAGCACCGAUGAAAACUACUUUGAUUUUCAUCUUCCGUCACCAGAUAGGCUGACCGUUCAACAUGCAGCAAACAAGGAUUCCCAAUAUAAUUUUUAUACACCUUCUAUGGUGGCGUUUGAUGCCAACAAAGCUAAGCGUAUGACCUGGGCAGGCCCCGCGACUCAGUCGGAUACUACAAGUGAAGAUGAUGAUCAAUCCAUUUGUAGUCUACCAACUGAAGCGACUACCCCUGUUGAUAUCUCCAUGGUGGUUGAUAAGAAGGAUUCUACCUUUGUACCAAAGUUUUCUCAAUGGGAAGACGCAACGCUAGUUGCCGCAUAGAAGGACAGAAAUGUGCCAAAAAGAUUCCCCCACCAGUUGUGUAAUCUCUAAAUGAGCUUAUAUCGCUUUCUUUUCGCUUUUUAUUGUGUACUUUUUUCUUCUUCUGUGUGUAUAUUUCUUUUGUCUUCUUAUUUUAUCAUAUCGUUCCUUUAAUGAUGUUUCUUCCAACGUAAAGAAAACCAAAGAAACCAUGCAUAACUACCUAAUACAUUAUAAAUGUUUUGAACCUUAUCAACGUUGCUUUAA